GGUAGAUAGAACUGCACGACGACGGGAUGAUGGUGCUACGUGUUGCUUCUUUGGAUGGUACCGUUCGGUUCAGUACGCGUCCAACAGUUGCCUGUUGCACAUCUCGAUCAAUAUCCGGUUCAACGUUCGGUGCCACGGUACUCGGUCGGUGGUGAGCUAAGGUGUCGAUUCGUGCGUCGAUUCAAUUAUCGGACAAUUUUUGGACAGGUGGCUGGGCUUAUCCCGCAGGUGCAGGCGGAUCCAUAACGUGUGUGAGUUUCGGAUUACUCGAUUAUGAUGGACAUUGGAGCGGAAUCUUAUCGAGUGCAGUGUUGUUAAUGCGGGGGUACCUGUUGCUGAGAACGUACGUGAUUCAACAGGUUCUAGGCCUGACGCACCUUCGGACUCGAACUCGGUGUAGUGAAGUGCAGUGAACAACAAUUUAGCAGUGCCAGGAAAGGUGAAGUUUCCAUGGUAACUUUGGAAAACUUUUAGCAAGUGAUUCUUCCCAGAAGCCGGAUGCCUCGCAGGGCACACUCCGUUCAAUUAGAGGACUGAUGCAGAACUUUGACUGCUGGAACUCUGUGACUCCAAUGCCAAUUAGAACGUGAGCUCUGGGUGGUCGGCAUACGUGCAUGCAUUUCCAACAUUCUUGUGUUUGUGUGUAUGUGUGUGUGUUUUGUGAUUCUAUCCCGCUCAAUUGCGCGCCACAUAUUAGCGAAAGAGCACCCACCCAAACUCAUCCUCCUUUCCGGCUUCGAGAGAUCCUCGAAAAGAUUCCGACGAGUCCUUAGUGUCAGAGGUGGUUGCCAGUGUUGCUCAGCCUUUGCCCGAGCACUUACCAACUAUCGCCCGACAGGCCUCGGUGCAGGUGUUUAGUGAAGUGGCAGAGCGAGAGUUUUCCAUUAAUAAAUUAAACUGCUAAUUAGAUAAUUUCCUCCAACUUGAGCGCGGUGACAACGCGGUGGAAGCGUCCCUGCUUUCUACACACUAUUCUCAUUCAACGCGAAGCAACAGACAACGGCACGAUCCCGCACCAGAGACGAUGCCAUCACUGUGAUGUGAUAGUGCAAAAAGGCGAGGUAGACCCGGUCGCAUUAGUUGAUUGAGACGCGAAACAGCUUUUGCAACUGAAAGCUGCACAGAAAAAAUGGUAAUCCGUUUUCACGCAGAGCACUAAAGCUUCACAGUAACGCCUGCAACUUUCUGUGCAAAGAAUCGAACUUCCAACCCAUUUCCUACAAUUUAGUAGAACGAAAAACACUCUCAGAUUCUAGUUAAUCACACGCACACACACACACACACACACACACACACACACACACACACACACACACACACACCUUAACCCGAUCGCGAUGCGCUCCGAUCUGUCCGACGACAAGCACAGUGUGCAGCUGGCCGCGGCCGAAAUCGCGGAAUCAUCCGACACCAGCGGCUUCUACGAGCUAGCCUCGAACGGUUCUACGAACGGAAUCAUCAAUGGAAGCGGACACCAUUCGCACCAUCACCAUCAGCAGCAGCAGCAGCAGCAGCACCAUUCGCAGCCCCAUCAUCCGCACCAGCAUCAUCAUCAUCAGCAGCAGCAGCAGCACCACCAACAUCACCACCAACACCACACCAGUCAUCAUACUGCCCAUGCCCAGCAUCAGCAUGAGCUGCAGCAGGACAAGAACGCAAACCUGCUGCAAAGUGAAUCCCUCACGACCCAUUCGACCGGUGGCGUUACGCUGAGGGCGACCGCACGACCGAAAAGGGCCACCCGACGCAUGCAAAUGGAAGCCACCAUCGACCCGGACAUGACGGACUCAAGCUCGCAGAGUGACGAUACGAGCUGCGGUAGCAGCCGUACGGGCAGCCGGGGCAGUAACGGUGGCCGCUCGGGUCAGGGAGCGGCCGGCAAUGGGAGCAGCAGCAGCAGUGCCGCCCGACGGCGCAAAGGUGCCAUGAACGCGAAGGAACGGAACUUACGGCGGCUGGAGUCGAAUGAACGCGAACGAAUGCGAAUGCACAGCUUAAACGAUGCGUUUCAGUCACUGCGAGAAGUCAUUCCGCACGUCAAAAAGGAGCGGCGGCUUUCGAAGAUCGAGACGCUUACCUUGGCGAAGAACUACAUCACCGCGCUGACCGACGUUAUAAUAGUGAUGCGCGGUGAAGGAGAAGCGGCGGCAGCCGCCAAUGCUGGCCUGCCGCUUCACGCCAGCGCCACGCUGCCCACCAUUACCGACGUCGGCACGGUGGCCACGCUAGCGAUGCAGAGCAACUGUCUCACGGCGAUCCAGAGCAAAGCGCAGCCGGAAGUCGUGGGCCCGUGUCACGCAACCGACGUGGAUCCGAUUUCCACCUCGCUCGAUCUUAUAUCCGCGUCCGUCGUCGGUACAGCGCUCGACUGCCACGAGCGUGUCCUGCAGCAUCAUCUCACGCUUCCGCCGCAGCACCAUCAUCAGCAGCAACAGGUGCAGGAUGGUAGCAGCAGUAGCACCAGCAGCAAUGGCCACGGCUCCACCACCAGCACCACCAGCAGCAACAGCAGCAAUGGCAGCAACGCCAGCAACGCCAGCAGUAAUGGUGGCAACGCGAGCAUCAGCAACAACACCACCGGCAGCAUCAUUGACGUGUCCGGCGUGGCGGCGGCGAACGGCCACCAUCCACAACACCACGGUAGCAUAAACAACAAUCACCUUAAUACCCACCAUUUCAAUAACAAUAGCGCUAGCAGUAUAGAUAUCGAAAACAGCUUCUACGAGGAUCCAUUUCAAAUGAUGUAAUCCCCAGUUCUCGACCGUCGGACGAAACAGAAGCGAAAAACAAAAAUCGGAUCCCCCCACGAACACAUUCCACGCUUGGGGUCCUCGAAUGCUCCGGAAAUGUUUUCAGACAUU